AUGGUAUUAACUGAGCGCCAGUUGUUCUUGAGUAGUCGCGUAGUUGCCGAUGGCGUUAUAAUACCAAAUGGCGGCGUUCUGGUCGACGAAAAUGGGUUAAUUGAGAAAAUUGUUACCAAGAAGCAAGCAGACGAUAUAAUUAAAGAGAGUGAUGGGAAAAUUAAGGUGGUAGAUGGAGGAGACCUGGUAUUGUUGGCUGGUGUAGUGGAUUCUCACGUCCACGUGAAUGAGCCAGGUCGCACAGCAUGGGAGGGCUUCCAGACUGCCACUAGUGCUGCAGCGUCUGGUGGUAUUACAACUAUCGUGGAUAUGCCCCUUAAUUCAAUUCCACCAACUACGACUGUGAAAAAUCUUAAAACGAAAGUAGCAUCUGCUAAAGAAAAUGUCUACGUGGAUGUUGCGUUUUGGGGCGGUGUUAUACCAGGGAAUGAGGAUUCACUUCGCGAUCUUGUAAAGGCAGGUGUAGUUGGCUUCAAAUGUUUCUUAUGUCCAAGCGGGGUGAAAGAAUUUCCUAAUGUAGGUCCGCGAGAUUUAGAAAAAACCUUUGACGCUUUAGAGGGCACAGGGUCUGUUUUGGCGUUUCAUGCUGAACUGGAAGAGGAUAACGAUGGACCUCCAUCGAGCAAAAAAAUUAAAAAGAAAGAUCCAGAAGAGUAUAGUACAUAUCUGGAGUCGAGACCACCGACUAUGGAACUAGAUGCCGUGUCGUUAAUCAAAGAUUUUGUCAGUAAAACAGAUGUCCGUGUACACGUGGUGCACGUAUCUUCAGCUGACGUAGUACCUCUUCUCGUAGAAGCUCGAAAGGCUCGAGCCGCAAAAGAUCAUCAGGCUUGGCGUGCAGGUGUAACUGCGGAGACAUGUCACCAUUAUUUGACGUUUAGUGCUGACGAUAUACCGAAGGGUAAGAGCGAAUAUAAAUGCGCACCACCUAUUAGAGAUAAAGAAAACAAGGAAAGAUUAUGGGACUAUCUUUUGGAUGAUAAUUUGGAUUUAGUAGUAUCAGAUCACUCACCUUGCACUCCCGAUCUCAAAACAUCGAACAAUCUGGAAGCUUGGGGUGGUAUUUCAUCAGUACAAUUCGGUUUGUCAUUAUUCUGGACAGCAGCCAGUUCUCGUGGACUAGAUUUGACAACAAUCUCAAAGUAUUUGAGUGCUGGACCCGCAAAAUUGUGUGGCUUGCAAAAUAGGAAGGGCGCCUUGGAGCCUGGUCUCGAUGCAGAUCUUAUCUUUUUCGAUCCUGAUGCAUAUUUUAUUGUGUCUACUGAAAUUAUACGUCAUAAAAAUAAGCUCACACCGUAUAUUGGCCGAGAAUUGAAAGGCGUGGUGAAGAAGACCUAUCUCCGUGGACAGUUAAUUUAUGAAAACAACGAUAUUGUUGGAGAACCCAAAGGAAAAUUGUUAUUAAAUGAUAUUUAA